CGGAGUGGCCCUCUCACGGCUGUCCAGGCCAGAUACCAAACUAAGACAUCUCAACCACCUCUCAAACAGAGCUCUACCUACCUACAUCGUUUAUCCACCCCAUUUGCGGGCUACUGAGCCUUUACAAUGGCGGUACUCCAUCAAUAUGACUACAUCUUUGUCCUCACGGCCAUCUUCGCCAUCCUCGAUGCCUGGAACAUCGGCGCCAACGAUGUCGCCAACUCCUUCGCCACCUCGGUUUCGUCGAGAUCGCUGACCAUGAAGCAAGCCAUGCUUGUCGCCGCCGUCUGCGAGUUCUCUGGGAGCGCUACAGUCGGAGCCCGAGUGGCAGAUACCAUUCGGAACAAGAUUGUCGAACCCCAUCACUAUGAGGACUCGCCCGGCGUCCUACUCCUCGCCAUGAUGUGCGCCAUUAUCGGAUCGUCGCUCUUCCUGACCUUUGCGACGAGAAACGGCAUGCCGGUGUCAACUACCCAUUCUAUCAUCGGCGGUAUCGUCGGGACAGCCACGGCAUCUAUCGGUAUCGACAAGGUCAACUGGGGAUGGAACGGUGUUUCGCAGGUGUUUGCCGCCUGGAUUAUCGCUCCUGGAAUCGCAGGAUGCCUUGGCGGCUUUCUAUUCUUCAUCACCAAACGCUUCGUCCUUACUCGGCAGCGUGCUGUGAUGCGCUCCUUUUACUCCAUCCCUUUCUACACCUUUCUUACCGUUUCCGCUUUGACUAUGCUCAUUUGUUGGAAGGGUAUUCAAGGAGUCGACCUCCCCACUCAUGAAGUCCUCAUCGCCAUAUUCACUACAGCCUCUGGCGUCGUUAUUCUCCAGGGCUUAUUUCUAAUGCCCUUUCUGUGGACUAGGAUCAUAAAGGAGGACUGGACCUUGAAGUGGUACCACAUUUUCCAAGGGCCGCUGCUGUUAUGGCGUUCAAUCCCGCCCCCUACGCCCGUCGGCUUCUCGAAACACCGCAUCAAGGACUACUAUCGAGGGCACCUUACACGCGAGGAGCUCGACUACGUACGCGCAUCCGAAAAUCUACUCGCUUCGGUCCAGACGGAUAACGGCGAGCCGCCGAAUCUCGACAAGGACGACGUAUGGAUCCUUCCUCCCCCGGCUCAAUCUCCUCCGGCGACUCCCCGUCCUCGCUCAGAGGCGCGAUCCUCCUCCGAGUUCAUCCCCCCUCGCCCUGACGGCCCAUGGAACCGCCCGCAGGUGCUCGCCUGGAAGGUCAACCGCGUCAUGCUCCGGGGCAUCGAGAAAGACGUCAUCAGCAUGCAGAAGCGCAAUGCGGUGCUCAAAUGGGACCUCGAGGACAUGCAUGCGCGAGCGGCUCACUACGACAACCGUGCCGAGUACAUGUAUUCGGCGCUCCAGAUUCUCACUGCCGCCACGGCUUCAUUCACCCACGGCGCCAAUGAUGUCGGAAACGCGAUCUCUCCAUUUACAACCGCCUACGAAGUGUGGUCCUCGGGCAAGAUCUCCGAGUCGGUCGAAGUACCCAUCUGGAUCUUGUGCGUGGGUGGCGCAUCUAUCGUGCUCGGACUUCUUACCUAUGGCUACCACGUCAUGCGCACGCUGGGAAACCGGCUCACCCUGAUUUCACCUAGCAGAGGAUUCUGCAUGGAACUUGCGAGUGCCCUUACCGUGGUUGCGGCGACGAGGCUUCAACUUCCCAUCUCCACGACCCAGUGCAUCACGGGCGCCACGGUUGGCGUGGGUCUAGCGAAUGGGGACUGGAGGUGUAUCAACCCCAAGCUUGUGGCUUGGAUAUAUAUGGGAUGGAUCAUCACGGUCCCAGUGACGGCUCUGUUGUCUGGCUGUCUCAUGGGACUCAUCUUGAACGCACCGAGAUGGGAGACGUGAUGGUCCUCAACAAAGCUUAGCGAGCCUGGGUCGACGAUAUAGAACCGCUCGUGUGGAAUUCUUAUUUGUACAAAUUUUGCUUUAGACUUGGGUAGCUUGGCGUUGGGAGAAGUGGGAAAGGGAUGGGUCAACCGGCAGAGCGCCUCG